AUGGUCCGCGAGUUCUUGGCCGUGUUGGUGCGUGCGGUGCUGCAGUGGGCGCUGGCGUCGCUGCUCCUCGCCAACGGCGCCGCCUUCUGCCUCAUCGCCGCCGUGGCCUCCUCGCUCCGCCUCGGCCCGCCCUGCCUCCUCUGCGCCCGCGUCCACCGCUUGCUCUCCUCCUCUGACGCCGGCUGCAGCCAAGAACAAGACGCCUUCCGCCGCCUCCUCUGCGACGCCCACGUCGCCGCCAUCGCGCAAAGGACGUGCUCUCCUUCCGAUCACGUCGACAGAGGGACGAAACAUGAUUCGGAUAAACCUGGAGGUCUGGAGGCUCACCGCCGUGUUGUCUCGAUCGGCAGCGAGAUCUGCGAGCAAGAUCGUGGCGGCGACAAUGAGCAUCCUCGUGCCACCGGCCUGAGCAACCUCGAAAGAACCACGAGCAUCGGCAGCGGCAACGGCGAAGGCCCGUACGUAUCCAUGUUCGAGCUUGGCCCCAUCGUCGCUUUCCCAGAAGAAAAUCAGGAGUGUGCCAAAGGGCUCGACGAGACGCCGGAGCUGACGGUGAGCGGCCUCGUCGCGGCACUCCGAGCCCAACGGAGGGAGCUCGAGGCGGUGCGCACCGAGCUCGAAAGCGAGCGGCGCGCCAAGGCGGGGGAGGUGGAGCGCCGGCGGCAGCUCGAGGAGCAAGGCGAGUUCGACCGGGAGGCGGUGCGGGUCGCCAUGCAGCUCGUCCACGAGACGGAGACGGAGAAGCACGGGCUGCAGCGGCAGCUCGACGCGUGCAGGGUCAGGGCGCAGCUACACGACGUCGCCGUGGACCCGGACUCGGCUCCGUUCAACCGGCUGGGAAGCCGCCGGAAUCGGGACGGUGGCGGUGAUUUGGUCGAGCAGGAAGACUGCGACGACAACAAUUACCAGUCGCUGGUGGAUUUCUUGCCGGGUUCGGUCUACUCCUCGUCGCCGGACCUGGCCAACCUGCUGAAGCUGUACACCGAGGGCAACGGCACUCGCCGAGCGAGGGAUGGUGAUACUGACAUCAAGGAGGCACUGAUCACCGAGGAAGAGGAGCAGCUCGCCGUCACGGUCUCAGCUGUUUCGGGUUUCAACGGCGGGAACGAUGAGGAUGCUAGCAGUCUUGUUGCUACUGCUUCUUUACAUGAAAGUGGUAGCAGUCACGUCGAAAUUGCCAUGUCGGGAGCAACACAAAACGAAGCAUAUAUAUGCGAACAGAAGGCUCUUCAUUACGAGCUGCACAAGAAUAUUGCGCUUCAGCGCCGUGUUACCAUCAGCCAGGCGGAGAAGAUCCAGCGUUUCCAAACGGAGAAUGCGGAUCUGAAGAAGAAACUGUCAGAAGCCCAAGCUUCAUCCGAGCUGGAAACUCUGCGUGCCUCGCAGAAGAAUCUUGAGGCAAAACUCGCAGAGGCGGAGCAGAAGCUUGCUAAGAAGAACUCGGAGCUUACUCGCAAGGCGGGUGAGUUCGAGCUUAAAAGAAAAACUAAAAGCGACACCAUCCAGAAGCAGCAGAAAGAGCUGGGUGGACUCCGGAAGUAUAUGGAGACAGCAGAGAGCUGCUGGGACCUGCUCAAUUCCGACGUCAUGGGUUGA